AUGGCAGUCAUCGAUGAGGCCCCCGGGCUCGAAGUUCAAGUCCAAGUUGAUGGCAACCCGCUCCGCGAGUACAUCGACCGCCAUACUACCGUAUCGGAAGCUACUUCAGAAAGCUACAUCGAAGCAAAGUCAGACUCAACUUUCGAAAUCCACUACUCCUUCAAGGCGCCUUUCCCUAUCGACCGCCCUGUGUCCAUGAUCGUCACCAUCGACGGCAAGGAUGUCGAUGAGCCGCUUAUUCGCCCCGACGAGUUCACUAUCGCUUCUCGCCGCUUGAUAUCACCUAUUGGCAUCAUAACCUGCGAGUUCUAUUUCCUCGACAACGCAAGACGCAACCCGAAGAUGGCCUUCGUACAGAAAGAGCUGGAGAAGCUGGAUAUGGUCAACGAGAAAGCCAUCAAGGGCGAGUCGCUGUCGCAUCAGGCAGUCCUCGGAGAGACAGAGCCCACGGAAGAGAUUCAGUACUACGAUGCGGAUUAUGCUGAUGGCGGAGAACCGUUUGCAACAUUCCACUUCUACUAUCGCUCUCUUGCUGCGCUCAAAGACCUUUACAUAAUCGAACGUACGCCUGAACCAAUCGACGUUCUCGACAGCGACGACAUGGUGCUCGGACAGUUGAACCGGGAACAACUAGAAGCUAUCGUCAGGCGCUUCAGAGAUCAAGAAGAGACCCGUGUACACAUGAAGCGCGAGCUUUCCGACACCUCAACUAUGGCAGGCGACGACCACAACGUCGGUAGCCGGGUCGGAGCUUGCGACGAUGACUUCAUCGAGAUACGUUCAGUCGAUCUGCGCAAGAAGAGGAAGCUUGAACGCGUUAGACAGAUGCCAAGCGAUAUGAAUGCGGUCAUCGUAUUGGACUGAGAUAUGCGAAAGGAGCCCGUGGAGGCCGACAUGGCACCCAUCUAGGAAGUUUUCACGAGAUCAAGCUGC